AUGACCUCAGAGGCCAGAAAUAUCUCCCGCACUGUGAGUGACUUCAUCCUCUUGGGCUUCCCUUGCCGCUGGGAAAUACAGAUCGUCCUUUUUUCCAUAUUCUUUGUGACUUACCUCCUGACUCUCCUUGGAAACACAGCCAUUGUGUGUGCAGUGCGCUGGGACCACCGGCUCCACACCCCCAUGUACAUUCUGCUGGCCAACUUCUCCUUCCUGGAGAUCUGCUAUGUCAACUCCGAUGUGCCCAACAUGCUGGCCAACUUCCUCUCCAAGACCAAAACCAUCUCCUUUGCUCGGUGCCUCCUCCAGUUGUACUUCUUUUUCUCACUGGGCACAACUGAGUGCUUAUUUCUCUCCAUUAUGGCCUAUGACCGGUUCCUGGCAAUCUGUCGUCCACUAUACUACCCCACCAUCAUGACUACUAAGUUCUGCAGCAGCCUGGUCAUCUUUUGCUGGGUCUAUGGUUUCCUCUGGUUUCUGAUCCCAGUGAUACUCGUUACCCAGUUGCCGUUUUGUGGCCCAAAUGUGAUUGAUGACUUUCUAUGUGACCUUGGUCCCCUGCUGGCCCUGGCUUCAGCUUGUGUCCCAAUCCCAGGGACUGUUCUCAUAUGUGGCACCAUGAGCUCCCUCCUCAUCUUUGCCACCUUCUUCUACAUUAUUGGCUCCUACACCCUGGUGCUGAGGGCUGUGAUGCAGGUGCCCUCCACUGCUGGCCGGAAGAAGGCCUUCUCUACCUGCUCCUCACACCUGGCUGUCGUGUUUCUGUUCUACGGCUCGGUCAUGAUGACGUAUGUGAGCCCAGGGUCAGGACAAGCAGAGGGCAUGCAGAAGUUUACGACUCUAUUCUACUCAGUUUUGACCCCUUUUUUCAACCCCAUGAUCUAUAGCCUCCGGAAUAAAGAAAUGAAGGAUGCCUUGAAGAAAGUUCUAGGAGGUUCCUGA